AGGGGAAGGAGGAGAAGGAGGGGAAGGAGGAGAUGGGGAGGAUCAGAUAAUUUCAAGAAUUGAUGAAAACUCCGUGAGGUUAUAUAUCCAAGGGAAGCCUAUUGUACUGCAAAUACCAAAACAUCUAGAAACAUCAUACGAGUUGUCUAAUGAACUUGAAGCUCCAUCCCUGUCUCCUAGUGUAAACUGGGUUUAUGGGUACAGAGGGAAGGAUACAAGAUCCAACCUAUGGAGUCUGCCUGAGACAGGAGAAAUAUUGUACUUUACCGCCAGUAUUGCAGUACUGUACAGUCCGGAGUCUCAUGUACAGCGGCACUACCGUGGACACACAGACGAUAUAGAGUGCUUGUCUAUACACCCACAGCUGCCUCUUGUAGCUAGCGGUCAAGGAGUAGGCACAAAUUCAUCAGAACUAGAUGGAAGUCAUGUUCAGGUCUGGAAUUAUGAAAACUUAAAUCUUAUUCAUAUUCUGGGGAUCGGAGAAUUUGAAAAUAAGAUCACAUGUUUGGCAUUCUCAGUACAAAAUGCCGAAGGAGAAUCUAAACUAGCAGUAGUAGACGGGGCAAAACAGCCGAAUAUAUCUGUUUGGUCCAAGUUUGAGCUAGCACAGAUUGCUCCAAGGAAACUAACCGCUUCCACUGCAUCCUCGGAUAAGGUGCUGUCUGUACGGUUCUACGACAAACGGCAAAAUAUUCUGGUGACUGUUGGGAAAGCACAUAUGAAUAUCUGGUCUAUUGAAGGUGAUAUUCUGAUGAGACGCCAAGGAUUAUUUACCAAGAAAAUUGAUCGUCCGAAGUAUGUUAUCUGCGUGGCCUUCGCAGCUUCAGGAGAGAUAUUGACGGGGGACAGUGAGGGAAAUAUUAUGGUUUGGAGAAGUGUUAAGGUCACAAGGGUUCUUAAGGGCGCGCAUACUGGUCCUGUAUCAGAUAUUUGUGUGCUUGAAGAUGGAUCGUUUAUCUCUGGAGGGGUUUCUGAUGGUACACUAUGUAUAUUCAACAGUACAUACGAGCUAAUAGGGGUCGGAGCCACUCUACCCGACCAGUUUGGAGGGGUGAGGAGAAUAUUAAAGAAAUCCUUUAAGAAAAUUGAAGAAACUAGAACAAUUCAUCUUAUAAUAGGAACUACCACCAACAGUAUUGUAGAGGGAAUGCUGCGUGUUGUAGAGGGAAAUACUGAAGUACAGGACUGGGAAGUAGAUCGAGUAGUUCUAGGGCAUUAUCAGGAGGUCUGGGGGCUUGCUGCCCAUCCUACCAGGGAUAUGUUCAUGACUGCAGGUUAUGAUGGAAAUGUAAUACUGUGGGAUGCCGUGGCUCAUGUAGAUCGCUGGGUGGUUCAAAUAAGUGGACAGGCCCGAUGUGUUGAUAUAUCGCCUAAUGGUGAAGUUUAUGCUGUUGGAACACUAGGAGGAGUUCUUCAUGUGGGACUCAUGGAAACAAAGGAGCAUAUGAUUAUGAAACAUGACGAAGGGCUAAAUACUCUCAAGUUUAGUCCUAGUGGAGAAUAUCUUGCUGUAGGUUCUCAUGACAUGAAGAUCCAUGUGUACAAGCUAGGGGAGAAGGGUAUUGAAGAUAUUUCAAAGAUUAGUGAAUGUGUUGGGCAUUCCAGCUACAUCAGGUUCCUAGAUUGGUCAGCUAACUCAUUGUACAUACGAAGUGUAUCUGGAGACUAUGAGCUGCUGUUCUGGAAUCCUACAACUGGAGAUCAAGUUCUAGAUCUGGAAAUCAUGGCAAAUAUUGACUGGAUAUCACAAUCAUGCUCAAUAUCAUUCGAGACACUAGGUAUCUGGUAUGAUCGGUCAGCUGAUGGGACGGAUAUAAACUGCUGUGCAAAAUCUAACCAGCCCGACCUGCCAGCCAUACUAGCGGUCGGCGACGACAUGGGCAAAGUUAAGCUGUACAAAUAUCCAGCUGUACAAUACAAAACCGGUUAUAUUGAUCUGAUCGGACACAGUGCGCAUGUUACAAAUGUCGUAUUUCCUCUAAACCGCGGUUUAGUGUCGACGGGAGGUAGAGAAAAUAGUAUUAUUCAAUGGGACUUGUAAAUUCUACAUGCUUGAUAAGCAUAGAUCAAUUAAAAAUUUAAAAAUAUUGUUAUAAAAUUGAUAUUUUAUGUGCUGUAGUGAGAACAAGAAAACUAUGGAA